GCGAAGAAACAGCGUGGCCUACUAUUCGGUGUAUCGCCGAUUAGGACUGUAACUUGUUUCAAUCAGAAUGCCAUUUUCUUGUUACGUGCUAAUCGCAAAUUAGUUAGCUGGAAGCCUGGACUAUCGCCUUCGCACCAGCCAGCACCACAUCUUUGCCCGAUGCUUUUGUAUGUUCCCCACGAAUUGAAUUCUUGAUUGCUCCAUUAACUUUGCUAAUUUCGAUCUGCACUCGUCUUCAAUUACUAUCGUACGGUUUCAUGUCGUAUUACCCCAGCCGUUGGCCGUUAGGCAAGAACGCAAUGGCCCCUCCAGGCUCCAGCCGUUACACCCCAGCAGCUAGCGUUGCCCACAAGGCCACAAGCUACCACUACUUAACCUCACAUCCCCGUCACUCGCUCGGUCUACGCGCACGAACACAGGCGCACAAACGGACACACAGGCGCACGCUGAGCAGUGAGCUCCCCCAUCCCCGCAUGUCAAACAGAGCACCCUCCGGACACCAGGAAUCCCAGGAACCAGCGGCAGCGACGGCGACGCCACGGCCGCGAUGAUGAUGCCACACGCGGCGUUCGUGCUCCUGGCCCUCCUCGCGGCUGCACUGGCGCCGGGCGCGCGGGCGCAGAUAUCCGCCGCGCCCCUGGGCGCCCCCGCGCCGGCGUCGCUUGACUGCGCGGGCGCGCUGCGGAGCCUGGCGCCGUGCCUGACGUACGUGGAGCGCCGCAGCGCGCUGACGCGGCCCGACAAGGGCUGCUGCGGCGCGCUCGCGGCCGUCGUGGGCGGCGACGGCGCUGCCUGCCUGUGCGGGUUCCUCGCGGGCUACGGCGGCGUCCGCGUGGACCCCGUGCGCGCGCUGGCGCUGCCCACCAUCUGCCGCGUCGACGCGCCGCCGCCGAGGCUCUGCGCCGCGCUCGGGAUGCCCGUCGCCGAGCCGCCGGGCGGGGCCGCGGCGCCGAUGGAGUCAGGGUCCGACGUGCCGACGACCACUCCGGCGGCGGCGGCGGCCGCGAACGGAGGCCUUUGGACGCAACGACGACUGUUCCUGGUGGUUCCCCCACACUUGUGUCUCGUCAUCCUCUCCACGCUGCUGCUGCUUCUCCAGCCGUAACUCCUGCCAGUGCAGGCCGUACGCAUACACCGCUCGCGGCGCAUUUGUACAGGUGUAUAAAUGUACACACGCGUUUCGUUUUGGCCACCGAUCGAAUCAAUUCGGCGUGCCCCGUCCGUCCAUUCAA